ACAUGGUCCUGGACCAGCAGGAGCUGUACUCCCCCCUGGGGGAGCAGCUCCGGGCCCGGGUGAGGGAGACCCUGCUGAAGCCUCACCACCACCAAAACCACAAGAAGCUGGCCUGCCGUCUCCCCAUCGUCCGCUCCCUGGCCGACAUGGGCCGGCGCGCCUCCACGCUCCACCUGGACCCCAACAGUCAGCUCGCGUCCUCCCAGAACCAGCUGGCAGCUCCAGAUGGGAGGGGAGACGACAGUAUGGUGGACUUUAGCAAGGUGGAUCUCCACUUCAUGAAGAAGAUCCCGGCGGGGGCCGAGGCCUGCAACGUGCUGGUGGGGGAGGUGGAGUUCCUGACCCGGCCAGUGGUGGCGUUCGUCCGCCUGUCCCCCGCCGUGCUGCUCCACGGCCUGACGGAGGUCCCCAUCAUGACCAGGUUCCUCUUCAUCCUGCUGGGGCCCCUGGGCCGAGGGCCCCAGUACCAUGAGAUGGGUCGCUCCAUAGCCACCCUCAUGACCGACGAGGUUUUCCAUGACGUCGCCUACAAAGCCAAAGAUCGUACCGAUCUGAUCGCUGGGAUCGAUGAGUUCCUCGAUCAGGUGACCGUCCUGCCCCCUGGGGAGUGGGACCCCUCCAUCCGCAUAGAGCCCCCCAAACACGUGCCCUCCCAGGAGGGCAGGAGGAAGAGCUGUGUUCUAGAAGAGGAAGAUGAGCCCGGUGGACACGGAGGUCCAGAGCUGGAACGCACGGGCCGGCUGUUCGGGGGUCUUCUCCUUGACGUGCGGCGGAAGGCGCCCCACUACCUGUCAGACUACAGCGAUGCCUUCAGCCUCCAGUGCCUGGCCUCCCUGCUCUUCCUCUACUGCGCCUGCAUGUCCCCCGUCAUCACCUUCGGAGGGCUGCUGGGGGAGGCCACAGAGGGUCGCAUCAGUGCCAUCGAGUCUCUGUUCGGCGCGUCCAUGACGGGCGUGGCCUACUCGCUGUUCGCCGGCCAGCCCCUCACCAUCCUGGGCAGCACCGGCCCCGUGCUCGUCUUCGAGAAGAUCCUCUUCAAGUUCUGCAAGGAGUACGGCCUGUCCUACCUGUCUCUGAGGACGUGCAUCGGGCUGUGGACGGCCUUCCUGUGCGUGCUGCUGGUUGCCACGGACGCCAGCUCCCUGGUGUGCUACAUCACGCGCUUCACCGAGGAGGCCUUCGCCUCGCUCAUCUGCAUCAUCUUCAUCUACGAGGCGCUGGAGAAGCUGGUCCACCUGGGGAGGCACUACCCCUUCAACCGGGGCAACGACCUGGCCAGGCUGUCCCUGUACUCGUGUUCCUGUGUGGAGCCAGCAGACCCCAGCAACGCCACCCAGAUGUUCUGGGAGACCAACAACAUCACAGCCUCUGAGAUCUACUGGGAGGCCAUGGAGGUCCAGGACUGCGUGGACAAGCGAGGGGAGUUUGUGGGCAGUGCGUGCGGCCCCCACGGGCCCUAUGUCCCCGACGUGCUCUUCUGGUGCGUGGUGCUCUUCUUCUCCACCGUCAUCAUGUCCGCCUUCCUCAAGGACUUCAAGUUCAGCAGCUACUUCCCCACCAAGGUGAGGGCCAUCAUCAGUGACUUUGCCGUGUGCAUCACCAUCUUCACCAUGGUGCUGGUGGACUACGCCCUGGGUGUCCCGUCGCCCAAGCUCAAAGUGCCCAGCGUCUUCAAACCGACCCGGGACGACCGGGGCUGGUACGUGAGUCCGCUGGGCCCCAACCCUUGGUGGACCGCCGUGGUGGCGCUGUUCCCCGCCCUGCUCUGCACCAUCCUCAUCUUCAUGGACCAGCAGAUCACCGCCGUCAUCAUCAACCGCAAGGAGCACAAGCUCAAGAAGGGCUGUGGCUACCACCUGGACCUGCUGGUGGUCGCGGUGAUGCUGGGCGUGUGCUCCCUCAUGGGCCUGCCCUGGUUCGUGGCGGCCACGGUGCUCUCCAUCUCCCACGUCAACAGCCUGAAGCUGGAGUCUGAGUGCUCCGCCCCCGGGGAGCAGCCCAAGUUCCUGGGAAUCCGGGAGCAGCGCUUCACCGGCCUCAUGAUCUUCACCCUCAUGGGCUGCUCUGUCUUCAUGACCUCUGUCCUCAAGUUCAUUCCCAUGCCGGUCCUGUAUGGAGUGUUCCUGUACAUGGGAGCAUCUUCUCUGAAAGGCAUCCAGUUCUACGACCGUCUGAGGCUGUUCUUCAUGCCGGCCAAACACCAGCCGGACCUUAUCUACCUGCGGCACGUCCCCCUCCGCAAGGUGCACCUGUUCACCGUGAUCCAGCUCAGCUGCCUGCUGCUGCUCUGGACCAUCAAGACCUCCAAGGCCGCCAUCGUCUUCCCCAUGAUGGUGCUGGCGCUGGUGUUCAUCAGGAAGCUCAUGGAUUGUUUCUUCACCAAACGGGAGAUGAGCUGGCUGGACGACCUCAUGCCGGAGAACAAGAAGAAGAUUCUGGAGGACGAAGAGGAUGAGGUGGAGGAGCAAAGCAUUCUGGGAGAGGAGGACACGGCGCUGCCGCUGAAAGACUACGAAGCACUGAGCCCAGUCCUCAACAUCACCGACGAGAUGUCCAAGGGUUGCUUCGGGAGCGCUUGGAACGCAGAGCGCUCCGGUGACUGAAGACGCUCACCCAGACACAGAACCGGUUCAGACAUACCAGUGAGCCAUGUUACCAAACCUGAUCAAUAAAAUAUGUAAACUAUAUGUAA